AUGAGUGGCCAGGCGGUCGAUUUCUUCCGGCCCUGGAACAACGCGGACAAAAAGGUCGACGGGUCAUCGCCUGGGGUGGACGAGUACGAGGAUGGGGUGGCGGGCAAGGGCCCGAAGCUCAACCCGGAGGAGGACUUUGACAGCGAGAGCGACGAUUCCUCGCUGGCCGGCUCGUCGAGCAGUUACAACAGCAUAGACAGCGAACAGUCGAUCGACGGGCCAUUGCGCCAUCGCCGCCACCGUCGCUCGACGAAGCCGAUGGUCGUGGGCGCGGCGCCGGUCGUGUGCCAGGAAGUUGGGCUGCCGAGGGUGUAUCCGGCCUUCGCUCAGCCCGGGAUUUGGGACCCGCUUGGAUUGCGGCUCGAGGAGGCGGUCUACUUCAACGGCAUCGCUGCCGAGGUCGACAGGAUACACCAGCAAGAGUUCGCCGCCAAACAGAUCAAGAAGACCAGGCCCAAGAACUUCAACUGCAACUACUGCCCGGCGGCUUUUAGCAACAAUGGCCAGCUCAAGGGUCACCUCAGGACGCACACCGAUAAAAAGCCACAGGAUGUCAAGUUGACCCAAUAA